AUGUCGAUCAAACCUUUGAUCCAACGCCUCUCAUUCACCCUACUCAUCAUCUUCUUCUUCUUUCUUCUCUCUUUGCAUGCAGGUACAGCCAAGGAAAAAGAUUUUGGGGUUGGUGAUGAAGAUGAAGAUUUCUCAGGUGGUGGUGAUGGUUUUGUUCCUUUGGUGAAGAAAGAGCAGAGGAAGGUAUUAGUUGAUAAUGAAUAUGGUCAAAUCUCAGCCAUUGAAAUCUCUGAUGGGAUCAGAGGGCCUCACCAUAUGCACUUCUUUACUUUGGUGCCCAAUUCCUUGUUUCUUCCUGUGCUUCUGCAUGCUCAGAUGGUGUUUUAUGUUCACACAGGAAGUGGAAGUUUGAGUUGGGCCAAUGAGGAAGAGAAAAGAAGAGUGAAUUUGAAGCGAGGAGAUAUCUUCAGACUUGACCCUGGUUCUAUAUUUUAUAUACAAAGUGACUUGGAGACUAAACGUGAAAGCCUAAGGAUUUAUGCCAUUUUUCCUAAUUCAGAUGAUGAGUACUCAAUCGUACCAUCCAUUGGGGCAUACUCGAGCAUCAGGAACUUGGUCCGUGGCUUUGACAAGAUAACACUCAAGCGCGCUUUCAAGGCUUCAUAUGAAGUAAUAGAAUCAAUAACAAGUGCAACCGAUAUACAACCAAUCGUUCAUGCCAUCUCAACAAAGAAAGAAGGAAAGAAAAAAGGGUUGUGGGAAAUGGAAGCUCGAUUCCUGAAAGCCUUUCUUGGAGGCAGAGAAGAGAUGAUAUCAUUGAACAAGAAGAAACAAACAACAAACGCCUUUAACAUCAUCGAAGCAGAACCUGAUUUUGAGAACUGUAACGGCCGGAGUCUUACAGUUACCCGGAAAAGAGCAGGCAAUCUUUUGAAGGGUACCAACAUUGGCCUCUUCAUGGUGAAUUUGACCAAGGGCUCUAUGAUGGGGCCUCACUGGAAUCCAAGAGCAACUGAGAUUGCUGUGGUGUUGAAAGGAGAAGGAAUGGUUCGAGUGGUUUGUUCCAGCAACAAAAGCAUAUGGAAAUCAGAGUGCAAAAACAUGAGGUUUAGGGUAAGGGAAGGUGAUGUUUUUGCUGUGCCCACGUUCCACCCCAUGGCUCAGAUGUCAUUCAACAAUGAUUCGUUCAUUUUCAUGGGGUUUAGCACAACAAGACAGAACAAUCAUCCUCAGUUUUUGGCAGGAAAGCAGUCAGUCCUACAAUCCCUUGACAGAAAUGUUUUGGCAUUGUCGUUUAAUGUUGGCAAUUCUACGAUUGACCAACUUUUGGCUCCACAGGGUGAUUCAAUCAUACUGGAUUGUACUUCUUGUGCUGAGGAAGAGCAGAGAAUGAUGAAGGAAGAAAUUGAGAAAGAAAAAGAGAGGAAGAGGGAAGAGGAAGAAAGAAAGAGAGAAGAGGAGGAAGCCAGGAAAAGAGAGGAAGAAGAGGAAAAACGAAGGGAGGAAGAGGAGAAAAGGAAAAGAGAGGAAGAAAGAAAGAGAGAAGAUGAGGAAGCCAGGAAAAGAGAGGAGGAAGAGGAAAGGAAGAGAGAAGAAGAGGAAGCCAGGAAAAGAGAGGAAGAAGAGGAAAGGAAGAGAGAAGAAGAGGAAAAGCAAAGAGAGGAAGAAGAGGAAAGGAAGAGAGAAGAAGAGGAGUCAAGAAAGAGAGAAGAGGAGGAGGAAAAACGAAGGGAGGAAGAGGAAGCCAGGCAAAGAGAGGAGGAAGAGGAAAGGAAGAGAGAAGAGGAGGAAAAGCGAAGGGAGGAAGAGGAGGCAAGAAAGAGAGAGGAAGAGGAGGAAAAACGAAGGGAGGAAGAGGAGGAAAAACGAAGGGAGGAAGAGGAAGCCAGGCAAAGAGAGGAUGAAGAGGAAAAGCAAAGGGAGGAAGAGGAGGCAAGAAAGAGAGAGGAGGAAAAACGAAGGGAUGAAGAGGAAGCCAGGCAAAGAGAGGAAGAAGAGGAGAUGGAGAGGGAGCAGGAGGAGGCUGGGAGGGAAGAAGAAGAAGAGAGACAGAGGAAACAGGAGGAAGAGGAAGCAAGAAAGAGAGAAGAAGAAGAGAUAGAGAGGGAGCAGGAGGAGGCUGGGAGGCAAGAAGAGGAAGAGAGACAAAGACAAAAAGAAGAAGAAGAAGAAGAAGAAGAGAGGGAAAGGCAAAAAGAGGAAGCUAGAAGGAGACAAGAAGAUAAAGAGAGGGAGAGACAAGCAGAGAGGGAACAAGAAGCAAUACAAGAGAGGGUGAGACAAGAAGUAAAAGAAAAACAAUCAGAAAAGGAAGCUGGCAGAGAACCAGAGGAUCAUGAUACAAAAACCACAAUGGACAAGCAAGAGAAGCAAAGUGGCAGAGUUGAGAAUGGAAAAUCUUAUUUGAAAUUGAAGACCGUCUGAUCUUAUCUGAGAGAGGAGAUUUUGCUACUUUAGUCACCAGGAUUAAACAGUGCAACAUAAAUAAUUACAUCCCUACUGCUCUGUUUUUCUUAAGUUUAUUGUUGAUAGUAAGCUCUAUGACUAUGUUUUAAACCUUUUUUCUGAGGUUUUAUGCUUAUUACUAUAGUAAUCAGUGAUUAUUUUUCAAGUUUUAUUCUAACAGAGCUUGUGCCUACUUAUCCAAGUAA